AUGGCUCGUAGUUCCGGCAGGCAAGCUGGCCAAGGACCUGGUUUGUUUGUGGUGCCGCCAAUGGUACCGGAACUCGGUCGGGUAGUCGAACAAAGCUCGUCAUUAUUUGGAAACCCCCCACAUCCCCCUGAAGAUCUCCGGUUUAAUGCAGCAGACUCAUUGUUCUACGACCCUGCGGUCCUAGCUCAAUAUGGUAUUGAUGUCCCGACACUCGAGGAGUUUGUGGCGAACCGACCUGCAAUGGAAUUUAGUCCAGACAUUUGGCCACAAACCCCCACACAAAAGCGCAGCUUCAACAAUAAUUACAAUCAUGUUGAUUAUACCCGUCUUUUUGAAGAAGAAGAAAAAGAAGAAGAAGAAGAAGGAAAAGAAGGAAAUAAACCAUGUAAACCUCCAGUGUCAUGGUCUACUUUUGAAGGACUCCCAAAUACCUCGCAAAGAUACCUCCUAGACACUCCACAAUCCCGUGCACAGACUAUUGGCUCAGUUCUACAGUUGAGAGUUGGUCAGAGUGAUCCCUCAAGUCUUUGCGCAAAAGCUCUUCCUCCAGAGUACGUUCUGAGGUGUGUUGCAGGAGCAGUUUGUGGCCGCCAAUCUGAGUUGUUUCGGUACGAUACGACAAGACAAGUAUUUAGCGAGACCCUGACGCAACAGUACACGGUUCCUGGUGUUUCAGCAGCUGCAGUGGCUCACUUGGUAAAAGAAGCCCUGGAUGCCGGUGCACGAUUCUUGCGACUGCGAUACUCGUGUCAUGUUAUUUUCCAGUGUGCAGGAAAUAAAAAUAAUGAUACCUCACCAAGAGCAGGCCCUGUACUUGUUGCACUCGCAAGCAGCAUUGCAGGUGUCUUAUCAGCCCUAGAGGCUCACAUUCUGUCAGGGACCCCCACAGAUGCACUACUGGCUGCUGAUGGGUUAGUACGUGGGCCUGUGGCGGUCAUUAAUAUGACUGCACAACUUUUAGGAUGCGCAGAUUUAUCUCGUGCUUUAAUCCUAGCACGACUUCCUGCUCCUUGGAAACUACUCAAUGCAUUAUAUGCCAAGUGUGUACAUCUCGAAGGUACUGCUGUUUCAGAUACCGUGGGUGGAUUAUUACUUCCAUCACUCUUUACACGGAUGCUUGUACGCACGGUCGAGCAAUGGCUUACCUCGUUAGAGCCCUACAUUGGUCUUGAUCCUAAUCACUCGCUAUUACUUGGAGUUAAUGAUCCCGACACGUUUCUUGAGCUGGAGGAAGACCAAGAAAUGCAAACAAGUGCUUACUACGAUAAGACAAUCUCAGCAUUUAACCCUGUAGGAACACCAGAGGCUUUAAGGAUACGGCUCUAUGGCGUCAACGAAACAAAAGUGCCCAGGUUUGUGUCACAAGAACUGGCACAAAUGUGUGCAGACUGUGCCAAUUGUCUAGUGUUGUUGGAACGGCACGCAGCCGAUGAUCCCCAAACACAAGCCGCGCUGCUUCGAUUACACACCGUAGUUCCCAUCAGACUUCAUUGGAUGCGGUCAGUUUCAGAAGUGGCUGUCCAGUCGCGUGCCAUUGAAGAUUAUGUGAGUCGAGUCACAGCUGCAAUUAGGGAGGGGGUAGAACAACAAGAUACCUCGAUGCACGAAUAUGUUGCAGAAACUCAAGAAAACUCAGUAACAGACUUGUUGAAAGCCAUGGACGCACCACCAGCACCCGCACGUCCGGCAGAUGAGACCUUUUAUGCGACUGUGUUUGGGUCCAGCUCACAACCAGUUUCUGCUGCUGCUGGUACUGCUGUGGCGGCUGCGGCGGCUGCGGAGUUGGAAAUGCAGUUGCAUGUAGUCACAAUGCGGUCUGUAGGCCCUGUGUUGCGUGCGCAGGCCGCGUUGUUGCACGAGUUUACAUGGCAGGCCGUGUUUAGUGGUGAAACGGACUUGAGUGCACAUAUGAAAGUGGUACGUGAAGUGGUACUAUUAGGAUCUGGUCUGUUAUUGAAUGAUUUGCGUGAACAAGUAUUUGGAACAGAUCCAGGCGCGUUAGGCUUGUGUAGCAAGACUCUUGAGUAUUGGCCUCCAGGUCCUGCACGUAUUCAUUCAGCAUUAUCUGAAAUUGUUUCAAGUGCAGUAAAGAGAAUACUUCCCAGUGACCAGUUUAUCAACAUUGGGUUGCGAGGAGAUCUUGUUACAGGCAAAGUUGCGCGUGCAAGCGCACAAUAUGAUUUAAAAGCCACCCAAUUUCUGCGUAUGGUUUAUACCCCUCCACCCGUGCUUCAAGGUGUGAUUCCUACGCGUGCGCUUGCAAUCUACGACACUGCAUUCGGGUGGCUGUUACAGCUUGUGCAUGCGCAACAAGUAGCCCAACGAGCAGUUUUGGAAACCCCAUCAGUGCAAGUAUUUGAAGCCGGGGUAUUGGCCAAUGUUCUUGUAGUCCAUUUUGCCCAGAAUGCGGUGGAAGCCGUGUGGGCUCCAUGGAUGCGGUGGCUUUGUGGGAAGAAUCGACAUGCACUAAGUUCUGUGCGGGCACAGCACUUGGUCAUGGCCCAAACUCUGGAGCAGCUUUUGUUUUUAGAUAAUGGCCAAAGCCAAGGUUGCGAGAUUCAUAAGCAUGUGCGUGCGGCAGUACACCACUUGGUACAGAGCAUUUUAGACUGUUGCAGUGGCAAGUCUACGCAGCUUAGAAAAGCACGAAACCAAGUACAAGCAAUGUUGGACCGGCUUGAGUAUCAGCUAGAGCCUGGGCUAGCUAGAGAUCUUGCAAAUCAGCUCAAAUAUAAUCUAGAAAUGUAA